AUGGUGAACAAGGCGGUGCAGGUGGGCAAAUGCGGUCUCAAAGCCCAGUCCAAAGCUCGUCCCCGAAGGCUAGAUACAAAUGCUACGGAAAACCCGGAGGAGGCUCCUGCUUCUGGUCCAAAGGACACUCGUGCCGAACAUGAUGAUCUUCGCCGUCAAGCCGCUGAUGCAGUGCUGACUACAGCCCCCUGGAAAAGACGCCAAAAAGCCAGAGCAGGUACCCGCGAGCCUGCCACGGAUGGUGUUUCCGAGGGAUCUGCUCGACCGACCACAACCUCAGCAAACCCUGUGGCCAGUAUGACUCCUCUUCCGACUACGACAACCUCGCGCCAGGGUGAAGCCACUGGGAAGAAUGCUGCAGCAUCGAGUACUCCGAGCAAGCCCCUGAGCAAGGUCCCAUACACAGCUGCUGGUGCCGACCCACAGGAGGAAAUCAUGGAGCUCCGCUUCGAUCAACUUCAGGAGAUGCAAAGAUCCGCAGCCAGCAGGAGAAACAGUGUUAUACAGCGUGCACGCAUACAGCAGCAGCAGAAUGCAUCUUCGAGUACAGAUGUUGCGGAUGCUUCGCUAUCACAUGCACCUACGACGGUCUCAAAUGCCUCCUCUGCAUAUAUGAAAAAGCGUCCACCGUAUGCAGCCCUCAGCUGUCUCGCAUGCUUUAUUCUGUGCGGCUACAUUGCACCUGUGACAGGUCUGUACAUGGUCCUCCUUAUGUAUUGGUGGACCUUUGCUGGCAUCGUGCCAGCCCGGUCAGCUCCCCUGGCAAUCGUUGCUCGAUGUCUGCGUGGUGCCUACAAAAUGCAGUGUCCUCUGAUCCACAUCUUUCUGUCAGGAUAUGACGAAUUGGCACAAUGGUUGAAUCAACCAUCUACACUUCGCAAUGUUCAGAUUGUAUUCUUGCAGGAGACCUGGAGAAGUGCAUCUGAAUUCUCCACGCAGAAUUGGCACUGGAUCCUGUCAGGUGCCGGUCAAACUGCCAAGGCCAAUAAUGGCAGUGGUGUAGCUGUACUGAUCAACAACAAGCUUGCCUCAUCGUCACACAUUCGCUACCAAGAAUGGCUCCCAGGCCGUCUUCUCGAGGUUCGCAUUACGGAGGCCAAGCGACGUCCUCUUCUGCACCGACCCAUCACCCUUGUGUGCGCGUAUCAACACUCCAGAAUCUCUCACAGUCCUGAGGUGUACGCUAAACGGCUAAGGUUCUGGGAGAAGCUCCAAAAAUGCCUGGAUGCAGUGCCGACCCGGCACACCCUGAUCUUUGGUGGUGAUAUCAAUACGGGUAUCUCCCCGAUGUCGAGGCUCGUCGGCAAAGGUGCUCAAGUCAGUACCAACCCUGCUCAGGACCAAUCCGAAUGGCAGGACCAGCCCGUGGAUGCAAUUAUGCACCCUAUGCACAUUGACGCCAUCCUGCGACACGGAUCCCAGGAACUCUUCCCGGGCACACGCCUCGGCUCUCGUCCGACGGAAGUAUGGGAUAACGAACAGACUAAGCUCUCGCUGAAACAUGUUUGGCAGGCACGUGCGCAGCUUCGCCGACAUACCCUUGGGCCUCCACUUCGUGUUGCCUUUCAUUUAUGGCGUGCUCAUUGGCGACUUGUCAAAGCCCGCAAAGCGCUGCAUUCGCAGUCCAACAAAGCGCGACGUGAUAAAUGGGACCAACAGCUUACCGAGGCGGAGGAGGCCUAUCACAAGCAUGACUCUCAUUCUUUCUUUGCUAUUGAAUAUUUGGCACAGCAUUGGGGUGAAGGAGAACAUGCAGGUGACGAGGACAUUGCUAGGCAAGGCUGUAUGCUUGCCCCAUGUUUGUGGCUAUUGUUCGUAACAUACCUCUUCCAUCACCUGGACACGACAAUGGGAGGAGCUGAUUCAUGGACAUGCCAGCACUCCACUGCCUUCGCCGAUGAUCUUCACUUCAAGUGGGAUCUUGACGAUCCCAAAGCCCUGGAUCGGAUGAAGAUGGAGGUCGCCACGGUACUCUCAGUGCUCAAGUCCUUUGGUCUUCAGAUCAGCGCAGAAAAAUCCACCAUGUUGAUCGAGAUCCGCGGAACAGCAGCUGAUGUUUGGUUGUCCAAGAACGUCUACAAAGAUGCUGAGAACAACAAACACUUUCGUUAUGACACGUUUGCCAAGCUCUCUAUCCCGCUUGGUACCCAAUUCAAGUAUCUUGGGGUCAUAUUAUCCUAUCGCAACUACGAGCUGGCCAGUGUCAAACAUCGUGUACAACAGGCUGCCAUACACCAUUCCCGUCUUCGUCGCAUUCUGCAAGGACGCGGGGGCAUCAGCCGGCAUCAACGACUUCGACUCUGGCGCAUCUGCAUUCAGACAAGCCAGCUCUACGGACUCGAGGCCACAGGUGUCACGGAGGCAGGGAUCAAAUUACUACAUGUUCAAAUGCUUCGUCACCUAAGGGCCAUUACAGGUCGACCCAGGCAUCUUGAUCGCAGCACUGAUCAGGAAUUGUUGGACAGUCUCAAAAUGGCAUCGGUCAGGCAGAUGCUAUCUCAACGACUUCAGUCGGCAAAUACCCGUCUUUGCUCCAACACUGAUCUGCCAUGCUACGACAAAGACAAUAUACUGCGACGUAUUCAGGCCUUACAAGCAGGUAUUGACCAACCGAUCUGCACACAGCGGGUCUCUACCGCCUUGACUACACCUGUACAGCAGACUCCGCAUGAUGAUGUUACGCCGCAGGAGCAGAAAGUGCGACUCCAGGAACUACCCGCUGACACCAAGCAAUUUCGAUGUCAGGUAUGCGGUCAGUCUUUUCCGUCUUUACAUUUGGUGAAGACCCAUGAAGGAAAAGCCCACAAGAUCUUGGCACCGAAACGGGAACUGCCCCAGGAUCGCUCCGUCUACUCCAUCAACGGACUUCCGCAAUGCCGUUUUUGUGGCUACAAAUUCACGAAAUGGAGUGGCCUCCAAAGACACAUACAGCGGAACGGCUGCCCGAUUCUUCGCCAUGAAGAUCCCGCCACCUUUGCCGCAACCGCGCCCGCGACUACAAACAAGGCUGAAGAUCCUCUUCGUACUACACAACAUGCAUGGGUGGCUGACUCGACCAUUGCCACCACCAUGCCUUCAACUGGAGAUCAACCUUUGGUCCAAGAUGCGCAGCUACAGCAGGAUGCCAGCAAGUACACGUGGACCAAGGUGCUUCACAUGUGGCGUACGAAACAUGACUUCACGAAUGUGUGUGUGUUCUGUGGUCAAUGGGCAGUGGAUGCCAGUGCUCUCAAACAGCAUUAUGCCAAGCAGCAUCAGGCAUUAACCAAUCCGUGGAUCGCAGCAUAUCGGGCCGAGUGUAAGCAGCUAGCUAAAGUUGCCGUAUCUAAGUGCCGCUUCUGUGGUACCACCACCACGGAUGCUCGUCAGCAUGCCCACAAAUGCAUACAUGUUUUUCAGGCCUACAUGCUUACCAGCCACGUCUCAGGUCGAAAUGGAGGACAUGCAGGACUUCGAUGCCGAAAGCCAGAUCCAGAGCCUCCUCGGGGGCCUCUCCUCAGUAGUGGACCUCAAACCACUUCUGAAUCCAACGCCAACACCGGCGCGCAAUCAGUCCCAUCUGACCAACAAGCGUCCGAGGGCGGAACAGUGGACUCGAGGCACCGGGAGCAAGGGCGGCGGCAAGGGCAAAGGAUGGCCUCCAACGGUACUUUAUCACAGGAGGAUCUUCAACAGCUCCUCAGGCAGAUCGUCGUCCUUCUCCUACGCCAAGGCGACCAACUCAAUCGGCUACAGACGGAUACCGGAUACUAUUUGGUCUUUCAAGUCCCGGGCGAUGCCACCAUGGUACCAGUUCUGAUUGCGGGAGCGCUCGAAUGGCGCAAUCAGAAGAAGGCCGACCCGACCAAGCUCACCAUGUCUCUUCGCAUAGCCCUCAUCGGACUCUUCCUCAAGGAGCUUCAGAUGCGUCUGGAAAAGAUCCGGGCCAACGACCAACUUCAGGAGAAGCUCAAGGAGCAAGGCCUGAUGACGGACGAAGGUGCUUGGACAUAUCGCCAAUGGUGUCCAAAGAACAAAGCACUUCAGCUACAGCUCAGCAGGGACUGA